GUUGUUUCUUCACUUCCAUCACCAUCACCUAUCGCCGUCGCCCAUCACCAUCACCGUCGCCCAUCACCAUCACCCAUCACCCAUCACCAUCACCGUCGCCCAUCACCAUCACCCAUCACCCAUCACCAUCACCGUCACCCAUCACCAUCACCGUCGCCCAUCACCAUCACCAUCGCCCAUCACCAUCGACCAUCGCCACCGACCAUCGACCAUCACUCAUCACCCAUCACCCAUCACCAUCGCAGAAUAUCUAUUACAAAUCAAAUCCUCUCCUAUAGUGUGUUGUAUACAAGAGUUGUGUUUUCCAGCAUCUGUUGCAUAGAACCGCCCUUCUAGUGAUAGUUUUUUCAACAUCUGUUGCAUAGAACCGCCCUUCUAGUGAUAGUUUUUUCAACGUCUGUUGUAUAGAACCGUCCUUUUAGUGGUAGUUUUUUCAACGUCUGCUGUAUAGAACCGUCCUUUUAGUGGUAGUUUUCUCAACACCUGUUGUAUAGAACCGUCCUUCUAGUGGUAGUCUUUUCAAUAUCUGUUGCAUAAAACCGUCCUUUUAGUGGUAGUCUUUUCAACAUCUGUUGUAUAAAACCGCCCUUCUAGUGAUAGUCUUUUCAACAUCUGUUGCAUAAAACCGCCCUUUUAUUGGUAGUCUUUUCAACACCUGUUGCAUAAAACCGCCCUUUUAGUGAUAGUCUUUUCAACAUCUGUUGCAUAAAACCGUCCUUCUAGUGGUAGUCUUUUCAAUAUCUGUUGCUUAGAACAACUCCAACUAUAACACAACUUAUAUAUCAGGUUUUGUGAACCACUUUCACCCCUCAUCGUGUACAAGAGUCAAGGCUGCUCUAUAGCCUGGGUGGGUUGGGAAUCACAUCUAAAGUGAGCAAAUUAUGUCGAAUGCAACUGGGAUUUUAAUCGAGAAACUCAAACUUAAACUCAUCCUUCGCGAAAGAGUGUUUAUAAAAUGGGAAGAUGACUCGGGUACACCUUGUAUACUAGGUUCUCGUUUGAGGUGUAAUGGGCAGAACCUCAACUUUUUCAUAGCUAUAUAUUAUGAUGAAGAAGGGCAUCUUCAUAUUCACUUUUCCCUUGAAGUAUCUGUUAUACUUGGAGGUACUAAGCAGAAAAUAGAGAUAUUAUUGGUUGUUCCUCCUGAUACCAACUUCUCAGAUACUACUAAUAAGCCUUGUUUGAUAUCGAAUAUCGAAAAUUUAUCUCACCUUGAUGCUUCUGCUAUUCACGAUGCCGAAAUCAGCGAUUCAAUGCAUGUUAUUUGUUUACAAUUCGAUCUAAUUACAAAAGGGUUUAUUAUUACAAAGAAGAAGAAGAAUACUACUACUAUUAAGCCUCGGAAUUACACUUCAAAAGGGUUGAUCCGUGGCUUUGAAUCUCUAUCCGAUACGAAAACCUUCACUGUGUAUAUCAAGCCGAAUGAUUAUGCACUGGUGGGCUUGGAAGAAGUUCGUAAUCGCUUAAGCAAUACUGGUACUCCUACCGACAUACACAAAACCAAUGUAAAGGAAAUAUAUGUUGGGCAAACGCCUGAAUUAGUGGAAUGGAGCAGACUUUACCCAGUAUCACUACUACCAUCAUACACUAAGAAUCCUCCUCAGCUAUCUCCAGAAGUGCAGGUUCCCCUGUCACCACCAAUCAUUUUCGAACAGGACACACCAUUAAUCAAUACUAUCGAAGCAGCGAUUGAAGAAACGCCGCCUCGGUUUCCAACUAGAUCCAACUCUAUAUCCGUACAUGGCAUUUUCUCUGGCUGUGAAGAGUCAUCAGACAGCGAAGUGAACUUGGACGAUGCCGAAAAACACAUGAGAAUAGACUUCGAUGUGGAUUCAGAUGAGGAAGAGCUUGCCAAGGAACAGUUUGCCAACAACUCUCGAGAAUCAAAUGAGCAAUUCGAUUAUGAUUUAGAAGCGUCACAGGUGUCACGGAUGCUUAGCUCAAAAUUGGAGAAAUGGAUAGAAACAGUAUUACCGAUAAACUUCAAUGUUCAUCACCACACGCGUUUAGUUACUAAGUUCUCAAUUCUUGGCAAUUGCAUUCGUACAUCGGACGCAGAUUUAUUCGAUAUUACUUUACUUUGGUGCUCUGCUUUAUUUUUCUACGAUCCAUUGGAUUCUGAUUCUGAUUCUGAUAAUACUUCUGGAUUAUGGGAAAAGAGAAAUUCAUGGCUUAUUCGAGAUAUAGUAGAACAAAUUCAAUGGGCUAAUAAAAUAAGCUAUAGUACUGAGAUAAGUUCGGCACUAUUAGAGCAUUUUACAAAGCUUGGUCAAGCUGCUCGUAUUGUUGCUCUAGAUGCUGCAUAUAAUAAAGGCGCCUAUUUUAAACAAAAAAGUGUUUUUAUUACUUACGUAUUAGCGGAGUUUGGCAAGCCGGGCAGGAAGCCUGUUUCUCGAAAAAGAUUGGAAACUGAUAGUAGUACGUCUAAGCGAGUGAAAAUAUGAUUAGAAAUUGAAUUGUUUUCUUAUUAGUAUUAUUGUCUUCGAGGUCUACUUUCAUCAAGAGAAAGGGUUUGUGUCAUUUUCUAUAUAUGAUGAAGAAUGAAAGAUAAAUAUUUAAAAUAAUGAAUGGUCUGGAAAAGGAAUGAGAAAUGUAAGGAGGAAGAUAGAAAAUAUAGAAGAAAUAUAAAAGAAUGAAAUAGGUAAUAUAGAAGAGAGGUAAUAAAUAUUAGGAUAUUAUAGUUUCA